UAAAUACACAACCCCAAACUCAAACCCCUAGCUAACCAACCAACCGUGUUCAUCUUCAUCUUUGAUAAAACCAACCGGAGAUGACGGUGAACAUUACGUCAAUCAAAACUGCAUCAGACGGAGUUUGGCAAGGUGACAACCCUUUAGACUAUGCCUUCCCAUUGUUAAUUGUCCAAACUGCCCUUGUCCUCGCCGUCAGCCGCACCCUCGCCUUCCUCCUCAAGCCUCUCCGCCAACCCAAAGUCAUCGCCGAGAUCGUCGGUGGAAUUCUGUUAGGCCCAUCAGCCUUAGGCCGGAAUCAUGAAUACAUGCACCGGAUUUUCCCCCGGUGGAGCACUCCGAUCCUCGAGUCAGUCGCGAGCAUCGGCCUGCUCUUCUUCCUCUUCCUAGUCGGUUUAGAGCUCGAUCUAAGCUCCAUUCGACGUAGCGGAAAGCGUGCAUUUGCAAUAGCAGCAGCCGGAAUCUCCGUCCCGUUCAUUCUGGGAAUCGGAGUCGCAUUUAUUCUCCGUAAAACGAUCGAGGGAGCGGAUAAAGUCGGGUAUGCUCAGUACCUUGUGUUCAUGGGUGUGGCUUUGUCCAUAACUGCUUUUCCCGUGCUCGCGCGUAUUCUGGCGGAGUUGAAGCUAUUGACUACUCGAGUAGGCGAGACCGCCAUGGCGGCUGCCGCGUUUAAUGAUAUCGUGGCGUGGAUUUUACUCGCACUCGCAGUCGCACUCGCCGGUAAUGGAGAUGAUGGUGGGGCCCAUAAAAGCCCGUUGGUUUCUGUUUGGGUUCUUCUUUCAGGAUGUGCAUUUGUGAUCUUCAUGAUGGUUGCGAUCCGGCCAGUCAUGAACUGGGUGGCUCAGCGGUGCUCACCCGAACACGACACUGUUGACGAAGCCUACAUUUGCUUAACACUAGCCACAGUUAUGGUCUCCGGCUUCAUAACCGAUCUCAUCGGCAUACAUUCCAUUUUCGGAGCUUUUAUCUUCGGACUAACCAUCCCUAAUGGAGAUUUCGCCGAAAAACUAAUACAACGAAUCGAAGACUUUGUUUCCGGAUUGCUUCUCCCCUUGUACUUUGCUUCCAGUGGAUUGAAAACUGAUGUUACUAAAAUCAGUGGAGGGAAGGCAUGGGGCCUGUUAGCUAUGGUGAUCACCGCGGCGUGUGGUGGCAAGAUUUUGGGGACGUUUGUGGUGGCGGUUUUGUGUAUGAUGCCGGUGAGGGAAUCGAUUACGCUUGGCUUGUUGAUGAAUACUAAAGGAUUAGUCGAACUCAUUGUUCUCAACAUCGGCAAAGAAAAAAAGGUUCUUAAUGAUGAGGUUUUUGCCAUAUUAGUCCUCAUGGCACUUUUCACCACUUUCAUCACAACUCCGGCAGUCAUGGCGGUCUACAAACCCGCGCGUCGCAGCAGCAGUAGUAGCUCUGCCUCACGGAAGAAAUACGAUCUACGAAUCUUGGCAUGUGUCCAUGGCCCUGGAAACAUAUCUUCAUUGAUCAGCUUAAUCGAGUCAACUCGGCCAGUGAACAAGGCCCAGCUCAAGCUCUACAUAAUGCACCUAGUUGAGCUAACCGAACGUAGCUCAUCGAUAGUCAUGGUCCAACGUUUCAGGAAAAAUGGUCUUCCAUUUGUCAGCCGGUUUAACUACCGGGUCCGUGCAUUUCACGAGAGAGUGGCAGUGGCAUUCCGGGCCUAUGGACAAAUGGGCCAGGUUGUAGUCCGGACCACCACCGCCAUCUCAGCAUUGUCAACAAUGCACGAGGAUAUUUGCCACGUGGCGAAAGAAAAAGGAGUGCCAAUGAUCAUAUUACCAUUCCACAAACGAUGGAUAAAAUCCGACGGUCCAGAUGUAAUUGAGAAUGUGGGCCAUGGUUGGAGAGGGGUUAAUCAGAGGGUCCUGAGUAAAGCUGAAUGCUCAGUGGGGAUAUUAGUUGACCGCGGUCUUGGUGGGGACUACCAGCAAAACCCGGGACCCGCCACCACAAUCGCACAGAAGACGUGUGUGAUGUUUUUUGGUGGGCCCGAUGACCGUGAGUGUUUGGAAUUGGGAGGAAGGAUGGUGGAGCAUCCAGCGGUUAGCGUGACGGUUAUGAGAUUUGUGGAGGAGAAUAGCGUGCAGCACGACGGUUCUGGGCUGAAGCCGACUCUUAGUAAAGGUAGAGAGAAGUAUACAUUCUCAACCGCAAUCAUCAAUCCCGAGAAAGAGAAGGAGAUGGAUGAAAAGGCAAUGGAUGAUUUCCAAAGAAAGUGGGAAGGGAUGGUGGAAUACAAAGAAAUCAAAGGGACCAACAUCAUUGAGAGCAUAAUGGCUAUAGGGAAAAGUGGUGAGUAUGAUCUCAUCGUUGUCGGAAAGGCACGGUUUCCAACGGCUAUGGUGGCUAGAUUAGCGGACAGGCAACCGGAGCACGCAGAGCUCGGGCCAGUUGGAGACCUGUUGGCAUCAGCAAACAAUGGUAUUGUGUCUUCUGUGCUUGUGGUUCAACAACAUGAAAAGGUUAUUUCAGAUGAAGCUUUGGUGGUAGCAGCUCAAAAUGAUGAGGCAAUAAAUGAGGUAUAGGUAGGUGUUUUAGUUCAUAUGUUAUAGCAUGUUUAGGAAUAAAAUUGUCUGAAAUAAUUGUGAAUGAACAAGUGAACUACCAAUGUGUAUAAUGAAUGGUAUAUAGUUAUUUCAGAUUAUUACCAAUUUACCAUAAA